AGCAGCGGCGGCGUUGCUGCGAGUCAUUGGCCGUGGUUCAAGCAGAUGGAGCAGAUCGUCGGAAAUUCUCUUGCCGCUAAAGCUGCUGCGGAGGAGGAGAAGUCGUCCGUCGGCGUUGGUGCGCCCUAUUCCGCUAUAUAAUCCAAAAGGCUAGGAACAUCGAUCAACAGUACCAGUGUUCAAAUUAACAAUGCCAAAUUGAAGCCAUCAAACAAUCUCAGACGACGAAGAGUGGUGUUCAAAAUUAGCGGUGCUGCUCUAGCUGGAAGUGCUGCUGCACCUAACAAUGUAGAUCCAAAGGUGGCAAUGUUGAUUGCAAAAGAAGUUUCAUUAGCUUGUUUUGCUGGAGUUGAGGUGGCUAUAGUUGUCGGUGGUAGAAACUUCUUUUGUGGAGAUACGUGGGUCACCUCAACUGGAUUUGAUAGGUGCACUGCAUAUCAAAUUGGAAAGGCGAUGAUUGGUACUAUCCCAAACACAUUCAUGGACAAGAAUUUGUGGGGAUGGAAUGAGGAAGAUACGGAAGCACAUCGGCCAUUGUUUCCAUUUUCGAAGCUAUGUUCUCCCAUGCACUUGCCGUUAACAGUUCCAAGGCGACUCACUAUUCCCUUAGUAGACGAAGAGAACUGGUCUAAGUGUGGAUACAUCACGGCUAAGGAUGUUCUUGAAUUAGUUGAGGAACAUAUCCUAAAGGGUGAAAUCGUUGAGAAGUUUUGGAGGGGCCAAGUGGGUACUACUAUUGGCAAAUCAAGUGCGGCCUUAUUUGAUAGCCACAACCCACCAAGUGGGCUUGAUACAGUUAAAGUUAAACCAAAAAGAGAUGCCACCUGGAUUGUGGUUAUUAUAUUGAGCAUCACUUCAUCUGCUACUAUUGCCUAUGGCAUCUACCGAAGAAGAAGGUAAAGAAGAAGAAGAAGAAAAAUAAGGAGGAAAGAGGGAGCAGGGAGCAGGAAGACCGAAAAGAAAAAAAAGGAGAACGACGUGCGGCUGCAACCAUUUGUAUUUUGUAAUUUUUUAUCAUAUCAAUACUUUUAUAUUUAUUUUUAUGUAAUUUUUUAUUUUAAAUUUAAUUUAAUGAUUUACUAUAUUUAUUA